AUGGCCAUCAACGACGAGCGCACACCACUGCUGCUCGACGCCGACGAACAUGUCGUCCAUCCAGAGGAGGCGCGCAAGGAUGACAACCCCAACGUCGUCGACUUUGGGCCCGCGCCUGACCCCGACAACCCACAGGACUGGCCCAAGCCAUACAAGUGGGCUCUCGUCACUGUCCUUGUCAUGAACGCCUUCGCCGUGACCUUCACCUGCGUCGGCGUCACGCCCGUCGCCUCCCGCAUCAUCCGCGACCUGAACCCGACCCACCGAAACGACAAGUCCGCCGCCGUCCUCCUCGUCACCAUCUGGGAACUGGGCGAAGCGGCGGGCCCGCUCUUUAUCGGCCCCCUCAGCGAGAUCUACGGACGCCUCCUCGUCGUCAACUUUGCCAACCUGCUCUUCGUCGCCGCCACCAUCCUCGCCGCCCUCUGCCAGAGCGUGCCCCUGCUAAUCGCCAUGCGCGCCCUGACGGGCUUCGCCGUGGCCGCCAACGUCAUCAACCCGGCCAUCAUCGGCGACAUCUUCGUGUCCGAGGAGCGCGGCGCCGCCAUGUCGCUCAUCAUCUUCGCCCCCUUGCUCGGUGGCGCCAUUGGACCCUCCAUCGCCGCGCUGGUCACGGAGCAUUUCGGCUGGCGCUGGAUGUUCUGGACCUACGCUUUGCUGAUGGGCGCCUGCGAGCUCGUCUUCGCCCUCUUCUUCCGCGAGACGUACAAGGUCGUGAUUCUGCGGCGCAAAGCCGCACGCCUACGCACCGAGACCGGCAAUCCCCUGCUACGGGACCCCUUCGCCCCGGAUCCAGCAGCCACGUUGACAGACAACGGCAACGGCAACGACAACAGCAAAAUCGCCACAACACGAAAAUCCCUCCUCCGCACCAUCCUCCACGGCAUGCUCCGCCCCUUUCCCAUCUUCCUCACCUCGCCUGUCCUCAUCCUCGCCGCCCUCUACGGCUCCACCACCUUUACCUUCUUCUACAUCAUGAGCACGACCCUCCCGGACAUUCUGCUCCGCUACUACGGCCUCACCCCGUCCCAAAUCGGCCUGGCCUUCACCACCUUCAGCGCCGGCUCCCUACUGGCCGUUUUACUCUGCAACCGCACCUUGGACCGCAUUUACGUCUGGCUCCGCGACCGCGAUUACCCCCCCAUCUUCCGAACCGAGGAAGACGCCACAGCAACAGACGCCUCCUCCUCCUCGGGAGGGACAGGGAAAAAACGCACCGGCCACCCAGAGCACCGCCUCCCCCUCGUCCUCGUUGGCGCUGUGACUCUUCCCAUCACCAUCCUCCUCUACGGCUACCUCCCCGCGCACGGCCCCGCCGCUGCGCCCCUGUGGCUCACGCUCCUCAACGUCUCCAUCAUGGGCUUCUGCCUCCUCCUAGGCUUCUUGCCGAUCCUCAGCUACGUCGUCGACGCGACCGGCGUCUACAGCGCCAGCGCCCUCACGGCCGUGAUUGUGGUGAGGUGCCUGUUUGGCACGUUUCUGCCGUUGGCGGUCGAGCCGUUGGUGCGGAGGGUGGGGUUGGCGCAGGGCUUUGCGCUCUUGGCGGGCGUGUGUUGGGUGUUGGGCGUGGUGCCGUGGGUGUUGUUUUGGAGGGGGAGGGACUGGAGACGGGGCAGUCGGAUUACGAGUGGGGAGUGA